AAAAUCUCUAUAAAAAGGCACCAAAGGAAACAAAUUUACUACAACAAAAACUUAAAUCUUCACUUCACUGCAAAAACAUACAUCUUCACCUAUUACUCAAAAUGGCAAACUUUUCCAUUUUACUAAAUUUCUCGAGCUCUUGCUCCACUCUUCUUCUUCUUCUUCUCCUUUGCAUGGCAAUGGCUUUCUUCAAUCCUAUACACACUGCAAACCCUGCCAUUGCCUCCACAACACUCGAAAUGCCAACCAGCGAAGGCAUUUCACCAUUUCUCUUGAGCUUUUGCUCAACUCUCCUUCUUGCGGCUUCGCUUCUCUUCACCCUUUGGAAGAGACGAGCAACGCCCCUUGCGCUUCCGCCAGGCCCAAAACCAUGGCCUAUUGUCGGAAGUCUCCCAGGAUUACUCUUCACAAAGAAGCCCGCAUUCCGCACAAUACACAAAAUGAUGGAGGACAUGAACGCCGAAAUCAUUUGCAUCAAUCUAUGGGGUGUCCGCGUCAUCCCCGUCACCUCCCCUCAAAUUGCCGUCGACUUUCUGAAAAGACAUGACGCUGUUUUCUCCUCUAGACCGGAUGUCUUAUCGGCAAACAUCACGAGCAGAGGAUAUCUAACAACGGCCUUAACCCCGGGUGGAGAACAAUGGAAGAAAAUGAGGAGAGUUCUUGCUUCCGAAGUUCUCUCAGCACAAAAGCAUCGGUGGCUCGAGGGCAAACGAACCGAGGAAGCUGACCACCUCAUUGGGUUCGUGUAUAAUCAGUCCAUGGACUCGACCACCAGGGGUGUGGUGAAUGUGAGAGCCGCAGCCCAACAUUAUUGUGGGAAUGCGAUAAGGAAGAUGGUUUUCGGGAAGAGGUUUUUCGGGAAUGGAAGGGCGGAUGGAGGGCCAGGGGUGGAGGAAGAAGAGCAUAUGAUUGCAUUGUUCAAAAUUCUUGCAUACCUCUACUCCUUCUGUGUGUCUGAUUAUCUUCCAUGCUUGCGUCGCCGUCUUGAUUUGGACGGUCAUGAGAAGAUCAUCAGGACGGCCACAGCAAGUGUGGCUAAGUAUCAAGAUCCUGAGAUCGACGAGAGAAUCAAACAUUGGACAGAGGGUACCAGAACUGCACAAGAUGACUUGCUCGACAUCCUCAUUGGGCUCAAAGAGAAAGAUGGUAGCCCUUUGCUCUCACCAGAUGAGAUCAAAGCCCAACUAGUUGAGUUGAUGCUAGCAACAGUGGACAACCCUUCAAAUGCGGUGGAGUGGGCACUUGUGGAGAUGUUAAAUCAACCGGCACUGCUUGAAAGAGCCACGGAGGAACUGGACAGAGUGGUGGGGAGGAAUAGACUGGUCCAAGAAUCCGAUCUCUCACAACUCAACUACGUCAAAUCAUGUGUGAGAGAAUCGUUCCGCCUCCACCCCAUCAAUCCCUUUAAUGUCCCCCACAUCUCCAUGGCCGACGCCACUAUCGCUGGCUACUUCAUCCCCAAAGGUAGCCAUGUUUUGUUGAGUCGCCUUGGGCUCGGGCGCAACCCAAGAGUUUGGGAUGAACCUCUCCAGUUCAGACCAGAGCGCCACCUCAAGAGAGACGGCUCCGAUGUGAUGCUAACGGACCCCAACUUGAAAAUGUUGUCGUUUAGCAUUGGGAGGCGUGGUUGCCCAGGGGUCACUCUGGGGUCCACUCUGACAACCAUGCUCAUGGCUAGGCUCUUGCAAGGGUUUUCUUGGGAGUUGCCACCAACCGUGUCGAAGAUUGAGUUGAAGGAGUCUGCGAAAGACCUAUUUCUCGCAGAACCACUCCAUGCGAAAGCACGGCCACGGUUGGCUGAAACUUUGUAUCAUCAACUCUGAAGGGAUUCGUAAUGAGAUAGGAUUAAGAUUGGAAUUGAUAGUGAUGUGGGAUUAAUAAUGAGGAGAUGAAUCAUUUAUUCAUGUUUGUUUUGCACAAGAAUAGAUUGUAGGAUUAUUAAUAACGUGUUUGUUUUGGCUAUGAUAGGAUAGGAUUAAAUUACUUGUUUCCAAUUUUACCCUUCCAAUAAGAACACCAUUUUCAUUAUUUUCCUUUUA